AGAAUGAAAUUAAGAAAAAGAAAAGCCAAUGGCAAAAGGAUGUGAACUGACAUAGAUGAUUUUGUCGGAUAAGGAAUGGAUGAAAUUUGUCGUAUAACUCUAAAUAGCAGAUUUGGUAGAAACCUGAGAAGCGUGUGUUGAAGAAUCAGAAUUGAGAAUCCAUGGGAAGUGGUGUUUUGAAGUACGGAAUCAUAGGAGUUGGAAUGAUGGGUAGAGAGCAUCUUGUGAAUUUGUACCAUCUUCGCACUGAAGGCGUGGCGGUUGUCGCUUUUGCUGACCCUCAUGUUCCCUCCCAACAACUCGCUCUUCAAUUGGCACACUCCUUCAGUUGGCCUCUCAAGGUUUUUUCAGGUCACCAGGAGCUGUUGGACAGUGGACUUUGUGAUGUUCUGGUGGUAUCCACUCCUAACAUGACCCAUCAUAGGAUUCUUAUGGACAUAAUCAAUCAUUCCAAACCCCAUCACGUACUGGUAGAAAAGCCCUUGUGCACCACAAUCUCUCACUGCAAAGAGGUUGUCGAUGCUGCUAGAAAGAGACCAGAUAUUUUGGUACAAGUUGGAUUGGAAUAUAGAUACAUGCCACCUGUUGCAAAGCUGAUAGAAAUAGUUCAGGGAGGAAACCUCGGACGAAUCAGAAUGGUAUCAAUUCGGGAGCACCGGUUUCCAUUUUUGGUUAAGGUGAACAAUUGGAAUCGGUUCAAUAUUAACUCAGGUGGUACCCUAGUAGAGAAGUGUUGCCACUUCUUUGAUCUGAUGAGGCUGUUUGUUGGUGCAAAUCCUGUUCGUGUGAUGGCUUCUGGAGCUAUUGAUGUUAAUCACAAGGAUGAAAUAUACGAUGGAAAGGUGCCCGAUAUCAUUGACAAUGCGUAUGUUAUUGUUGAAUUUGACAAUGGUUCUCGAGGAAUGCUUGACCUUUGUAUGUUUGCCGAAGGAAGUAAAAAUGAGCAAGAAAUAUCUGUUGUAGGUGAUAUUGGAAAGGGAGAAGCCUUUGUUCCUGAGAGUGUUGUGCGGUUUGGUACACGAGAGGGGGGGAGAAAUGGUGUCCAGACUUUGAAAGCUGAGGAUCAUCGAAUAAAGUAUGAUGGGUUACACCAUGGAUCUAGCUAUCUGGAACACCUUAACUUCUUUUCUGCAAUCAGAGCCAAAGGAGAAAAGGCUCCAAGUGUAGAUCUCCAAGAUGGAUUAGUAUCUGUUGCUAUUGGAGUUGCAGCACAGCUCUCUAUAGAAUAUGGUCGAUUUGUUACUAUUGAGGAAGUUAUGAAUGAACUCAGAAUUUAAGUUGGAACACUUGGAAGUGAAGUAAUGGCGUCUCUGCUGUUGUGUUCUGAUAUAGGGAUGAUGUAUCUGUUAUCACUAUCUCAUGAAAAAGUGCUAAGUGGUUUGUGGAAGUUAUAUUGCUUCCAUCUUAGCCAAUUGGUGUCUUCAACUUUUUUUCUUUCUACAGCUCAUUUUCUGUGAAGUGAAACAGUAGAAUGUAAUGAGUGAAAGCUCAAAGUUUUAGCCAAAUAAACAUGCUGGAAUCUUUCCAUAGGAAGGAGAUGUGAUGCACUACAUUACAUGUUUAAACCGACACUCUGAUGUAUUAACUAAACAAGUGCAUUUUCUGUCGGUAUGAAGAAAAGAGCAAUUAAAUCUUAUUCGGUAAUGAUCA